CGUUCAGGAUUCAAGAAAGCCACGAGGAAAAUACCUAAGAAAAUGGAAGCGAAAAACCAAGAGAGCCAAAACGUAGUGGAGGCGCAACCAUUCUCACCGGAGAGCCAAGAUCUUUUCGGAAGCUACGAGAUGCCACAACCCAGCCAUGGAGGGGGUGAAACCAGCCACCAGGAGGUACAACCAGGUGCAGCACCAGGUGAAUUAAGCCGAAGCCUGGGAGAACCCAUAACAACUAUGCAACCUCAAACCACCAGCGGACCUGGAGAAAUACUACGAUUAACUAAUAUGAUAGAGAUGAUUAUCCAACAGUUAGGAGAAGGACAACGAAAAAUGGGUGAAGGGCAACAGAAAAUGGAAAUGAAAGUGGAUGCAGUACAACAACAAAUAGGAGAAGGACAACACAGAAUGGAAGCGAUACGGCAGGAACUAAGGUCUACACAAGCUCAAUGGGAGAGAAAAAUUCAAACCGACUACAACCAGCUCAGAGAAGAAACCCAGGUGGGAAUCAAAGAAAAUAAAUUGGAGAUUCAAGCGACGAGAGCUGAAAUGGAAUACAGCCAGAAGAAAGCCUAUGAGAAGUGGGAUGAGAAGCUGGAAAUGCACACGACUAGAACAACAAGCAAGUUUGAAGAACAAGAGGAAAUAAUUCAAGACAUUCAGACCAAACAUGGGAAUUUCAAGGAGCGAGUCAAGGAUGCAAUUGUGGAAAUUGAAGGAAGUAUGAAGAAAAACGAAGAGCGAAUUGACCAUCAGGAUGAAGAAAUAGGAAUCAUCAAGGCGAAUUUAGAAGCUCGACCAGCCAAGGAAACCAAUUCCCAUCCAGCAAUUAUUUACAAGGCGGAUCAUUUACUUCACCAGAAGCCUAAGAAAUUUGACGGCAACAUUUGGACUAUCCAUCCAGUCAGCUUUUUGGAAGGACUGGAAAAUUAUUUAAGACAUUUCGAUAAAAAAGAUGAAACCAAGUUAUCAUAUGCCAAGGAAAUGGUGGAAGGGAAUGCCAAAGCAUGGGCUGAUUUGAAUCGUAACAACUGGAAGACUUGGGAGGAAUUUAAGGACGCUUUUAUCAAGAACUACUGGUCUGAAGAGGUACAAGGCAAAAUACGACUUCAAAUAGCUACACCCAGACUAUAUCAAGCGAAAUUUGGAAAGUACACCGACCAUGUUUGGUUUUGGGUAAAUAAGACCAACCACCUGCAACCUCCAAUGAGAGAAUCCCAGCUUGUCGACGCUUUAUCCCGACAUUUUCCAAGAGAGGUGGAGCACAUCCUCAUAGGAUCAGCAGUGAACACCGUCAAACAACUUAUAAACACUCUUGAACGAAUCCAAACCUCAAAUCAAGAAACCAGGCCAAGAUAUAAUGGACCAAAUAGAAGUCAAGAGAACACCAGAGAGGAGCCAGAGAGGCAAGAGCAGAGAAGACAAGUAAACUACAUACGAGGUGGAUACAACAACUUCCAAAAUUACAGAAGAGGAAGGGGCAAUUACGGACCAAAUAGAAAUUUUGAAACAUCACGAAGAUCUCUGGAGCAAACAAGUUUAUUAACCAGCGUUCACAAUUAUUUCCAACGAUUACGACAAAAACCUACUAACACAACAAUUGAAAAACAAAUUCAAGAUAAUAAAAUCACAUCAAUAGGAACAAUCAAACAUCAAGAAAGAAAUUAUGAAGAGGAAAAAUUAAACAACUUUAUUGAAGAUUUGAAACAAUUUCAACCAGAAGAAGAGGAUGAAGAAAAUAUUUUGAACAACAAUGAACAACAAAAUUUGAGCGACGAUGAAAAGGAAGAGGAACCGAUACUAAUGAAUCAAAUUAAAGAAAAUUAUCAAGAUGAUGAAGAUUUUUUGAGCGAUCAAGAAAAAGAAGCAGAGAUUAUUGAUGAUGGACAACCAAUUAUAAUAGGAAAGCUGGAGGGGGUGGAACAACAGUUAUUAUUGGACACUGGUAGUCAAGUCAGCGUGGUUUCCGAAGAAGUUUUUGAAUUUAUACAAAGAAAAAAUCCAAGAGUUAUCACAUUACCAGUUAGUGGAAUCACGAUUCAAGGAAUUACUGGGAAAAUAGUAAAGGUUGUCAACCAAGCCCUACUCACCUUACAGAUUCAAGACAGUACACAUGAACAGAAAUUUUUGGUUGUGAAGAAAUUAGAAACAACAGCAAUAUUAGGCACCGAUUGGAUGAGAGACAAGAAAGCCAAGAUUGAUAUGGACAGAGAGGAAGUUUAUUUUCAAGACAAUGAUGUCGAUUACUACAUUCGGUUUCAAGGAAGAAGUUUGAAAAUUAGAACAGCAAAUCUUCAAGUAAAUCAGCCUACGGGGAGUAGAGAAGAGAAUGAAGCCAUCGAAGAAUUGAUUAGUCAAUAUGAAGAUAUUUUUUCAACCAAGCCAGGAUUAGUCAAGACGAAAAAGAACCAACCAGCAAUUACCAUCGGAAAAGUGAAGAAAAAGAAAGAAGAUAAGAAAUUGAAAAAUAUACUCAAGAAUAUCAAGACUGAACAAGAUGAAGACGAGAAGUGUAGUUGGAUCAAGAAAGAAAUUGAAGAAAAGGUUUUGUAA